AUGGACAUCAACAAAGUUGAUAAUCACGAGUUUAUUUUAGAUUAUGGAGCCAAAAUAGAUGCAGCUAUAAUGAAAUCAUUAUAUAAAGAUUAUGGUUUAGAACAAGGUGGAUCUAAACCAAAUACAUGCAUAGAUUUCGCAAUCCAAGUUAAUAAUAAUCAAAAUAGCCCAACAAAAAUACAAUAUGGACAUUUUAAGUUUGACAAUUUGGCAUCUGCUGAUAACGAUAUCAUAGGGAUGAUGUGGGAACCAGAACUAGACUUUGUUGAUGAUCCAGAAUGUUAUAAUGAGUUUAAAAAUAAUGAUGUUCCAAUGAGAUUUAUGUGUGGCGUAUGUUUAGGUCAAUUUCGUACCAGAUGUGCUUUGGAUAUUCACUUUAGAGUUCACAGAGGGGAUAAACUAUUUAAAUGUGUAUUAUGUGAUAAUAUAUUCAACGAAUUAGCUACUCUAAAACAGCAUCGAGAAUUACACAACAUAAAUGAACGGGUGACAUGUGGAAUUUGUGGAUUAGAUUUUACAGAAAUAUAUCACAUGAUAAAACAUAAAAAAAAGUAUCAUUUUAAUGAAUAA